AUGCUAUCAAAGCAGUUUGGGAAAAGAUCUGUCGAGGCCAUUAUAGUCGGAAUUUAUGUAGGUGGCACAAGUCUUACAAGGAGACCGGUAAGAAGCUUGUUUGGAUUGAAGAUGAAAUUUGGAACAAAUGGUUGGAGCAUUGGAACAGAACAAUUCAAGCAUAAGUCCAAGCAAGCAUCCAUUAAUCGGUGUUCUGAGACAGGAGGCAACGGGGGUGGAAUUAGUAGGCAUCUAGGAGGCUCUAAGUCAUUCGUUGAGCAUGCCAUGGACUUGAGUAAGACACUUCAGAGGACACCUACUGCGUUUGAUAUCUUCUGCAAGACUCAUGUGAAUAAAGAAGGCAAAUGUGUUGAUUCACGAGCACAGGCGGUUUAUGAUGCUAUGCUAAAUAUGGUUGAGACUGCUUCUCAAAAAUUACCAGAUGGCUCACAACCUUCACCACUUGAUAUGGAUGCUAUGUACUUCGAGGCUUCUGGUGGAGAAAAGAAGAAGAGAGUUUAUGGUCUUGGUUCUCAUGCAUCAAGCAUGUAUCAAGAGUCAUUGUGUAGUGGUGCUACAUCAGCUCCCCCACCACCUUCAGCAUCUACGGUCCCCCCAGAGAUUGUGUCUGAGAUGGAGGGCAUGAAAAAAAAAAUGACAGAUUUGGAAGAGCAAAAUCAAAGUUUGCUACAGCAGAACCAGAAGUUGAUGAGACAGAUGCGCCAUGAAUGGAAGCGCAUGCGAAUGAUGAUACAGUCCGGACCAGGCCAAACAUCACAACCUCAGGAGGACGAGGAGGAUCACGAUGAGGAUGAUGAUGAUGAUGAGGAUGAUUAUGACCUAUAG